AUUCAAAUCAAAAUUCGUGGGAAUCAACGUUAACGAUCGCUACAAGCAAAAAAAAAAAUCUUUUUCGCUUUAUUCACCAAAACAAUGGGUUAACAACACCUAAUAUUUAUGCCGAAGAAUGCAUAUGUUUAGAUUCCUUUUACUUUUAUUCUGCUCUCGACCUACCAGCGGAGAUUUGAUCGCGAAAAGUAGCAUCACUAUUUGUGAAAAUACAGGAGGCGCAGAUGAUCCGAUGAGUGUUGUGUACGAAAAAGCAUGUGAAAAGAAGCUUAUCGUGACGAUGUCAGUCCGCAGUGGGCAGGUAAGAUAAGCUGUAUAUUUUAAGUCUCACUAUGUGUUCUGUAAGUCUGCAUUUGACGAAGAGUUGAAGAACUUAGACAUAACUGAAAGCUACAAUCAAAGUAAUAACCUCAGCCUAAUGUUAAGUUUUUAAGAUCAAAAGUAUAAGUGUUAUGCAAUCGCUGUAAAAAGGAUUUCUUAUGUAAAGAGUAUGUGAAGGAAAAUGAUCAGAGUACAGUGUAGUUUAGUGUAGUUUUGAGCCAUAAUUCCUUAACCAAUAGGACCUCUCAGAACUUUAAAUCUUUCGAAAGGUUUCAUCCUGUGUAAAAUUUAUCUUUAGAAUGGUACAGAGAUGCUGAAAACAGUGUCUAAUGUGAGCAAAGUUUAUGAUGAAGUUGAAAGGGAGCCAGCUCGCCUCUACAAUCCAUUUAUUAUUACACUCUCCAAGACGCCUGUCCAUUUAACAUAUCCUUAUUACUACAGAGGGGUAAGUUUGUAGCCGAUGUUUAAUAUUGUAAAUUUUGGGCUCAAAUUUGCUUUCUUCCUUUGGUAGGAAAAAGUGACCGUCAUAAAUUAGUGUAGUUUUCAGCCAUAGUUCCUUCCUGUGGUAGAAAAAAGUGACCUUCAUAAAUGUAUUAUUAUUAUUAUUAUUAUUAUUAUUAUUAUUAUUAUUUACUCAGAAUUUGCUCCUUCAACAGGGCCUGAUGUAAACAUGGGUCCUGACAAAUUAAAAUGAUAUUUAAGAAUUUGGCAAAAUAUGAAAUUGCAGAUCCUUGCCAGUGAACUGUACAAGAAAAUAACAAACCAAAUAUUAAACAGCCCUCAGCAUCUUUCUGGACUGAAAUAAUGAUUUGCACUGUUUUACUGCAGAGUCCAUGGAGGAGCUCAUUAUAAGUCCUCAAGUGUGCUCCUUGUACAAGAAAUAAAAGAGAUUCUGUGGGUACAGAUCGUUUGAGGCACUUGUCAAUUUUAAAAGUUGCAAAGAUGUUGUUCUCACCUAUGAAGUGAUUUAGUCUAGCCAAGCUGCAGGGGCACCCAACGACUGUUUUCUGUAAAAUAUCUGUUCGGAGAAGCAAAUAUUGCCUAGAAUUUUCCAUUACUUGAGGACGGCUAAAAAUUUCUAGAUGACCGUUACAUUCAAGUACAAAUUUCAAAUCUUAUCUAACAUCUUCCCUACGAUUUUCUGAAGUUUAAUUUUAGCAUAUUAUUUUCCAAGUUAGGCUAUUUUUCGUAGAAAAAAGGAAACCUAAAAUUUUCGGAUUCAAAAAUGUGAUGGAGAGAGGAAUUAGAAAAUGUCUCACUUUCGUAAUACGUCAAAUUUCAUCUAAAAUUUUCGAGAAAAUAAUACUCAAGGCCUUGAAAUUUCGAAAAGGAUCAAGUUCCCCUAGGAUGACCAAACAGAUACAAAGUUUACAGUGCCGCUUAGAAUGCUUUUCUAGAGAUCUAAAAGUAUUCUGGAUAGGCUAAAAAGUGUUUUCAAUGCAUUUAGGAGGAAACCGUCAUUGGGUGCCCCUGAAGCUGUGACACUGGGUCUUUGACAGAUCCUUCUCUUAACACAACCCUUGCUGCUCUCUUUUGAUUCCUUUUAAGUUUUGCUCCUAGGGUAGACCCCACACUGCUCCAGCAGAUAUCACAAUACUCCAAAAUUUUGUAACCAGAAGAUAUGUUGCUGAUGGGGACUGAUAUGCCCAUAGUUAAGGUGUUCAAUGGAGGCAGGUUUCGAUUUGUUAGUUUCAGGAACUUGCUGUCACAAGUUACAGUUAAAAUUGAAUAUUAGCCAGAUUGCCUGGUUCUUUAUCUUUUCAAUUAUGGCAUAGAAUCGUAUCAAUUCAGAAGUAUAGUUUGUUCUGCAGACCUCCACAUUAUACUUAGACUAUUUAUUUAUUUAUUUAUUUAUUUAUAAAUUAUCUAUUUAACAACUUGCUCUUCAUUCACUUAAGACUAAAGUGUUUUGACUCGAACCCAUACCGUUAUAUUGGUGAUCAAACAGCCCUGAUCGGCCACAUAUUCCUCUUCAUGAGGGGACAGCUUUUUUCCCCCUAAUUUUUAUGUCAUUAUUAUUGUUGUUUCAUUCAAGACUGUAAACAACCAACCGGUAGAGAAAGUGAAAAUCAGUAAUAAUGGUGCCCUUGCGACAGGGUCACGUAAUCUCUGUGAUGACAUGUGGGGAUCUGACGAAUCUACAUGUGGCUUUGACAAGGAUGCAGAUGGCAAUGCAAUAUGGGAUAGUCAGGUAAAACGGGGAGUACCUCACUCACUACAUAAUAUGUCUAGAGUAGUGCAUUAUUUACUUUAGUAUUCCAUUUCUCUGUUACCAAAACUUUUUGCCACUGUAAUAGGAUUUGGUGAUCAGGGAGGAGGGGUGGGGGGUCUGGGGGAGGGGGCGGUUGGGGAAGGGUGGCAAUGGCACUCAAGAGAAGUUUAGCUGGAGGUGUGCCAAAGUACUGAGGUAGAAUACAAGUAGUCCCCCAUUUUUCCUCAGGGAUAGUAGAGCGAGCAAAACGCGAGCGCGCGAGAAAAGGUGACACGCGGCUUUUCUCGCGUGGGGUGAUUUUCACGCGCGCUCGCGUUUUGCUCACUCUACUAUCCCUGACUAAAAAUGGGGGACUACUCGUAUUCUACCACACUGAGGUGUUCAAACCCUGACCCUGUUUACUUUCAGACAGACAUAAUGUCCAUGUAGACCUCUCCUCACCAGCCUUCGCACUCUUAAAUUAGUUGUGCAGUUUCCAUGAGGAGAUGAUCAACUGUGAGUUACAACAAUACACAGAAUAAAAAUAACUAAAUGAUAAAUAAGAGACGCAUCAUGUGCUGAUCCAAAAGACCCUGAAAACCAUACCCUGGCUGAAUAAGGGACUUUUUCAUAGCCUUAAAAUGCAUCUGUUACCCCUGCCUUUUGGGUCUUUUUACAGACCGAAAUGACAGAUUUCCCUGACCUUUCAUAUACUUUACAGAGGCAGCAGAGUGUUGUGAAACGUGGGGGGGGGGGGGUCAUGUUCCAUUCAGCCAUACGCAUACCCCCACUCAAAUUUUCCAAAAUGCCCUUGGCAUUGAUCGUUGGUACAAGCAACCUUGUAGACCCUCCUGCCCCUACUCCGCCGCCUGUGCUUCAACUAGUUAAGUCUCUACCUUUCCUGGCAUAGCCUCCCGGCCCUGGAAACGUCGUAGUAGGGACUGCCUCCCCCAGGGGGUUCAACCCGUUGACCGUUCAGUAAUCAUUACCAAUUUUCUUGUUGUCAAUGAAGGGAUUUUGCUGCUGGUGCAGUGAACAGGACAAAUGGCGAGGCUCGUUUGGGGAUGAAACUCCUUUCAGUCGAGCAGGGCUUGCCUGCAAAGUUUUCACUAAGGCCCAGGCUGCAGCUCACUGCAUGAAAUAUGACGACUUGUGGUAUGUAGGUUGUUUAUCACCGCUAAGAUAGAUAGCUAGCAGAAUAGAAUUUAAUAGAAUACAUUCUGAACGUGGGUGACUACACACACUGCCUAGGACAUGUAUUUUCUUGGAAGAGUAGGUAUCGUCAUAACCUGCCUGCCUUCCCUUAUAACGCGUGUCUGGCGCUCCUCGCUCGCUUCACGCUUGUCUUCGCUCGUCUAAAAAUAACGUGGGAUCAGGUGGUCAGGCGAUCCUUUUUUUCCCUUUUUUGGGGAGACCUAAAAAAUGCGAAAAGAUAACGACUGUUCUGCAGGCUAGUAUGGUCAAAACACUACAAGUCACUGAGCGUAACUGAGUGCGAAGUGCAAAAAAGGAAUUUUUGCUGGAGCGCUUUCCAUUUGCUAGGAAGACCAGUUAAACUCAACUCAAAGAGUCCUAGUGAUACUGCUAAAUUCCACUGAAGAUAGAAUUUCAGCCGUAAAAUUCGAGUUUUCAACCGAAAAAUACCGUAGUUAUUGGAAAAAACGCGUUAAAAUAGACUGCAAGAGCCGCUGGACUUACUUGGUUCGACAAAUGGUAUAUGCUGGAUUAUCCGAGCAUUCCGGCUGGAGAGGAAAAGGAGGAAUGCAUUUUCAAAACCCUGAAUUUCUAUCAAUUCCGGAAAUGUUUAAACUCAUGCAAACUAGGAUAUCAAUGCGCACAUCACGGAAGUUACUAAGAAGGCAGCUAAGAGGCUCUAUUUUCUUGUUCAGCUAAAAAGAGCUCGUGUUCCACAGAAAGAUUUAUGCCUUUUUUCCAUCACGCGCUACCAGCCUACCUUUUGCAAGAAUUAGAACGCGUUCAGAAAAGAGCAAUGCGAAUCAUAUGUCCUGGUAUAGAAUAUCAGCGAGCUGUAGCGCUUAUGAGUUUACCAACGGUUGCGGAGCAUCACCACAACAUUUGCACGCGCACGUUUGAAAGCAUAAUGAGCGACCCGAACCACAAGUUAAGAAAGUUUUUGCCGCUUCCUAAUGGUAGACGCUUCUUUUUCUAUCGAUGAUUUUCUCUGUUUGUUAGUUUGUUAAUAUCUUAUUUUACUUUCAGGUACACUGUAAAUGAGCUGGGAAGAUGGGAAAUGGAGUUUGGGAUUCAUGUGAAAACGUAUGAUCAAGUGACGACAAAGGUGGGAAAUAUAACCAAACCUAAGUGGGUCCCUGGUGGGGAGAUUGUCAUUGGACCUCAUGUACGGAUGGGAAGAGGCAAGUACGGAAGGGUAAGUCAGUGAUUGCCUUGCAUUAGCCAGCUCCCAACCCUGGUGGACUUAAUUCACUUUGCUAACCAAAGAAUAGGCAACCGGUGGCACAAGCGCAUUUGCGUGUUAACUAGGCGAAUACAUGAUGUGAUUUAACUUCAGGCCAUUUUGGUUUAGAAUUGAAAAAAUAAGAGUUUUAAUGCUUUCAGGUGAGGGAAAAAACGAGUAACAUCUUCUGGAAAGAUUUUAGGAGGGUUAAAAGCCUUUUUAAAGUUUGCAAAUGUUUAAAAAGGUGUCUUUUUGGAAAAUUUACAAGUUCUGGCCCCAGCUGUUGUAAAAGUGGAUACCGCCAUCCACCGGAUAAAUCUCUAUCCACUGGAUAGCGCAUGCAAUUGGUUUCCCUAAUACUUAUCCGUUGGAUAGCCGUAUCCAACUUUUGAACAACUGGGGCCUGAAAGUAAGUUCUUUUACCUGUCCUUGGGGUUUGAAACGGUUUUGGAAGGUUUAAAAAUGGGGGUUUCGAAGGACUUGAAUUGUUGUUGGAAGGUUUGAAUCAUUUGUUUAGCCUUGAAAAGCUGUUAUUUCAACUCACUGUCAGUCUUUUGGUUCUCUACUGUCUUGAUGUUAAUAAAGAAGAGAGUAACAAGGAUAGUGAACUAAUUCCAACUUCUUUUACAGCUUCUUGCAAGUUAUAUCGGCGAGUUCCAGACCCACAGGCAAUUUCCAACCUUGACGGAAAAGUACCUUCUUAUUCCAUAUGUCAGUGCUAAAAUUGAUCCCAAGACGCACCCGCAGGUGUUGGUAAGAAAAAGUGGAUGCUUUACCAUCUGUUUAACUAAAUUUUUACAAUAACUGAGCGAUUUCUCCCGCGCUUAUUGGUCGAGAGCUUAAUGUUCGAUAAGGGAGUGGCGCAACUUGUUUUUCUGUCGCGUGAUUUUCCGAGGAACUUAAACGGGAAUGGACGUCAAAACUGAACUGACAAUAAUGAAUAUUAUUGUAAAAAACAAAUCGACAACAAUAAUUUUACAUGGACUGCACUCUUAUCGACCAUAGAAAUGACGUCAAAAUGUCCAAAACUCGCGAGUGGAACGACGCCGCCGCAAAGUUGUGAACAAAAAACUAUUUCUAGACUGUUCAUAGUCCCCUAUUUUUUCGUAUUAAAGAUCCUCGAAAAAGAGCGCUACAUGCAGUACAGCCGGCCAUGUUAGGGAGCUUAAGCAGCGACGUUUUUGAGUGACGCACGUCAACCGGAAGUGAGGUAUUUUUCCUCUUAACAUGCCUUGAUGAUAUAAAAUUUGUAUUCCUUAGUUUCUUUACUGUUAUAGAGGCGAUUUGACUGAAAAUUUGCGCGAAACCACCGUCAAAAAAUGAAAAAAAGGCCACUUCCGGUUGACGUGCGUCGCUCAAAAACGUUGUUGCUUAAGCUCCCUAUCAUCUACUAACCCCGACGCCUGCCCCUUAGGUACAUCUGAAACCAAUAAAACCAAUUGCAAAAACGGUCAGCGACGAUGAGUGUUUGAUCUCGACGACCUUGAGGAAGAAGAGAGCACUGUUCAAAGUCAGGGGCACCCAACGUCAAUUUUCGGAAAAUAUCUGUUUGGAAGAAGAUUUGAGAUCUAGAAUUUUCGGAACAUUUGUUGUAAAAUUUCUUGCUUACCAGUCUCUCCUAGGAUUUUCGAACAUCUAAAAAAUGGUACAAUUGACCAUUUUUAACAGAUUUUGACGCUACAAAGGUCACCUAGAAUUUUCGGGAGCCUUUUUUCUGGCUGAAAUUUUCGAAAAGGUAAGUUUUGAUCCCUAUAAUUUUCAGAUCACUAGACUUUCAGCUAGGAAAACCGAACAGAUGAAAAAUUUUUAGGGGAUAAAAAUAUGCCUAUAUCUACCGUUCAAAUACAAAAAUACGUUUAACAAUGCUAUGUUUAAGUGGUUUUGAACUAUGUUCUCGUUGGGUACCAAAAAACCAUUUCUUGUUUUAAAAAUUCAUCCUGCAGGGAGGACCAAGUGAUUACAUGAUAAUCGACAAACACGAAGUGAACUACAAACCGACCGGCCCUCAUGAGUGUGACAAGAUUGGCGUUACUUACACGGCCUUUAGGAAUCAACAACCUGCAGGCUGCCAUCAGAAAAAAGGAUCGUAAGUUACUUUACGCGGAUGGAAAGAUAUGAAAUGACCCGAUAACGCUUCAUAACAAAGCGCAAACAAACUACUAAAAUUCUGGUCGUCUCUGUAUUGUCCCGGAUGUGUAUUAACUGACUUUGUGACGCUUUGAAAAACCCGGUCUCAUUUCCCGCGCUUUCUCGUGGUGACGCGAGUGCCAGUGCGACAGCUUAUAUUUUCGCGUCGUAUGAAAUGUGAUGAGAUAUAGAAUAUUAGGUAUGUUAAUGGUUUUGUUUUUGUUUCUUUUUUUAGAUGUCUAAAUAAUCAGCCUAGAACAUAUUUUCAUGACGAUACGGUAAGUCUCAAAAGAUGUUAUAUGAGGUGUAGAGUAAAGAAACAAGAAGUGAAUUUCUUGCCAUCCCGCCAAUGUUUUAUAUUAGUGUGGCCCUGGAGGAGAUUUUUUAUUCAUCUUGCUCAACAAUUUUGUCCCCCAGUUCACCGAGGCUAGUCUUGUUUCAUGGGAGUGCUCAAUUAAUUGCUAUUCUUGUGCCAACAUUGAAAAUUUCAACCAGUAAGUUCAGUGUUGUUCAAGGAGAUUCUAUUUCCUCUAUCCGUCUAGUGACUCCUUAUUUCAUGUCAUUUCUUUCUGCGUAAACUAAUAAAAUAGUAUUUUGGGGUGGAAAGCCUAACAAAGAUUUGAGGACAAAUCAAUUCGCCUUUUUUGCCAAAUCAGCCAUUUUCGUCAAAAUUGCUAUUAUCGCCAAAAUCGCCACUCUCCAAACAUGGGACCACUUUAGUAUCCAAUUUGAAUUGCUAGCCCUCUGGCUAUUUUUCGCCAUCCAAAUUUGCCAUUUUCGCCAAAAUCACCACUCUCUACUAAGGGGCCACUUUUGGCAUACAAUUUGAAUGUGCAUUUCUGGACAUAAGUGGAAUUUUCAAAGUACUCUCUGUGUCCUCAGGCUCGUCGCACCCUUGGAGAGACCCCACUUCACUUUCCGGAGAGAUAUGGCAAGUUGGUUGGUGUUAAAAACCGUCCAAAGGGGGAUGAGCAGGAGUUCAUGCUGACAUAUGAGAUAGACGAGGUUAUGACGAGUCUGGUGACACUUCAGAUUAGUGCUGAUGACAUCAUCCUCAUUUACAACAGGUUACAAAAAAAAUUCCUCACUUUGACGCCAAUAGCGGCAGUAGCCCCACAGAUCUUAAUUUCACUCACCAAAGGCGGUGUUUUUUGAUUGACUCUUAUAAUACGCGUUCACAGCGUCACUAGAACUAGUAGGUUACUCUCCAGGCCCCAGUGGUUGAAAAGGUGGAUAGCGUUAUCCACAUGACAAUUCACUAUCCAGUGAAUAAGUAGUCGGAAUAUCCACUGGAAAGAAAUUUAUCCGGUCGAUUGCGCUAUGCACCUUUUAAAAAACUGGGACUUGGACCCGGUUCCUGAAGGGUCAAUUAGCGCUAAUCCAGCCAGGAUUAAGAAUUUAUUCCAAUUGUGUAUUUACCUUCCUAUGUGACCCUAUGUAUUACUUAGAGUAGCAAUUUCUGUUAUCAUUACUGUAUCUCGGAGUAAAAGCACGACAAUAUUUCCUAAGCUCGAGUUGCAUGAUCUUAGACUGUAAGAAAACCUUGCUUAAAAUUUGGUUUAAUCCUGGGUUAAAUAUCUGAACAACCGCACGGUCAGAGUUUUUAUGUCGUGACUCAGAUUACGUAAGCACAUCAUAUGAUAAACGCACUGUGUGGAUGACGCCCGGGGCGGGGACUCCCCGGGUAUGAAAGGGGUGGGGAUGCUCAUCAAAAAUUUUGAAUUAAACCCCCAAAAGAGACCGAUCUGGGCGUGGCCCAAGCUUUUUUUGACCCCUAAAAGACACUAAAUAUACAUAUCAAAUAUAUAUUUUUUCGGGUGCAACCCUAAACGAGACCUUCACGGCUAAAUAUGAUGGCGUUUUGCCCAGAACACCCUAAGUGAGACCAAAAUCCGAAAUUUACACCCCUGAGCGAGACAACGAGCAUCCCCACCACUUUCACAUGUAGAGCCCCACCCCCCGGGCGAUGACGAUGUAAAAGAAACUAAGAGAAAAAGGAACAAAUAAACCUUGCGUGACAUGAGAUAGCUCAUUACUAACUGAUUGUUUUAUCUGGCUUAGGGCUUCUGGUAAAAUCCUGAAAGCUUAUGCACAGGACUUUGAGGCUCUGUCGAAAGAUGGUCACUUGUAUGUCGUUGUUCAAAACACUGGUUACGUCACGGCGGACUUCUCAGUAAGUGAAACCACAGGACUCCCAAGUUCAGAAGAAGAACCGGCCGCGGACAGACAGACGGCUAGUUGAUUCACACUCAGGAUUUAUAGCCUUAUGGGCUUUAUCCAGAGGGGAGGCGAUUAAGAAAGAAAAACAUUAUUUCAACAUAAUCACAUGUCAGGAACACUUAUGGACUGAAUGAAUUGUUUCUUGUUUGCAGGUGGUGAUAUCAGAAUGCUCCGGCGCGAUAGGAAAAUUUCGCGAAAAGGUUUUGUCUAUAAAUCCCCAGAAGACUCACUUAUUCACGUUUGAUAUCCAUGCGUAUGACAUGAAAGGAGGCAGUCACUAUUGUGCUGGUAAGAAAGUGAAAGAAUUAAAACGGUAUUUUCCUUUCUCUCUAUGGAUUAAACGUCAAGAAGACUUGAUCGUUAAAAUGAAAAUUUGACAUCAACUACAGCGGCACCCAGCGACCGUUUUCCGUAAAAUGUCUGUUCGUAGAAGCAACGGUUAUCGAGAAAUUUCCACUCUUUGAAAACGAUUGCCCCUGACUUGCUGAACACACCUUUAUUACCUUUACGGGUUAUAUUUAACAAUAGGCUGAUUUAGCAACAGAGCGGGAACGUCAGUUGACGACGGCGCAAGCAAAUUAAACAACUGGAUUGACCAAUGACAGAGCGGCAAAUCGAGCACCGGAAGUCGUGUUUAGUCCUUUCCGCGCGCUUUUCCGUCGUCAACUGACAUUCCCGAUCUGUUGCUAAAUCAGCCCGAAUGGGCUAUUGACUCAGAGGCCAUGAGGGCGAGAGGAAUAAUUGUUUUAGUCAAAUCCAACUAGUUGGUCAAAAAUAUCGAGACAAAACAACCUAAAGCAAGACUUUAAUCUUUUUUUGCCGCCAAAAAUCCGGCGCUUUUUGCUACUAGUGGGCUAUAACAUAUAGCCCAGUAGUAGCUUAACCAAUCAGAACGCAGUAUUGAUAAUAGUUGGAUUUUACUAAAUGAUAGUAUCUGCUUAUCAUUUAAGGUCUUUUUGUCGUCAUUGCUCAUGAAGGCUCUGCCAAUUUCACCACUUUUCAUUCUACUCGUAUGUAGCACACUGUUCUGAUAUGACUUGAAUAUGGAUCAAGUAAAGUCGAGAGUGACCUCGUCAUCCGGCAUGAAUCACAAUGAAGAAUGAAGAUCUCGCGUUUUUAUGUUCAUAAUACCGGCCUUUUUUGUGGAAUAGAUUUCGAAGUAAAUGUCUUCUUGACUGAUAAUUGAUGACUAUACUACUGCUAACAUUGUUUGUUCGAUUUACAGUAAAGCUGUUUGAUGCUCGUCAUAAAAUGGUGGACAGCGCUAAUGUCACCUUCACUACUUCAGCACCGUGUGUCUGUGCUGCAAGCUGCGGUUGUAGUGUGAGUAAUUGGCAGACUAAGAAAAGAUAACGCGACGACGACAGUGACAACUGCGCGCUCAGGUCUAGAAAAGGGGUCGACCAAUGCAGGGCUUGAAAUAACUAUUGGGCAGGCGCCGGACACAUUGUCCGGUCAAACUUGAUUUUGCUCGGACAUAGGCAUUUUUGGCCGGACAAAUUUAAUCCAUCUUAACUAGUUGCAAUAGAGGCUCCAUUUUGCAAGUUACAUGAUCUGUAUCAUUUUCAGCAACAGGAACUCUAGUUACUCAAAACAAAUCGAGUGUGCAAAAAAUUAGAAGUUGUAGUUUUAUUACUCUUUGUUCUGUUACAUUGUAAGUCAGACACGUGGAUUGCAAGACACAACCUCACCGUUAACGUUUGGUUGAAACCUGACCAAAUCACUAACAAAACGUAACCUUCAACUUUAUAGUACAACAUUUACAUUUUAAAUGUUGCAUACAACAGAAACGCUCUUUCGUUAAGAUGCGUGAAUCGAACUCCUAAAAUAUAGUAGCGGGAAAGUCCUUUUAGACAUCCGAGGACAAAAACUUGCGCAAGUGGAAUUUUCCGAAAUCAUAAAGGGCAUUUCAAGAUGUUGAUGAUUAUGUCCACAUGCUUCCGAUUUAACUCAUUUAUUUACUGUUUGCACUUUGUUCAGGAUUUCCAGAAAUACAUUUCUCAUUUGUAUACAUAUAGAAUUGCUUUUUAGAACGUCUUUAGAAUGGGGAGCAUGAACUUUCAGCUCAUAUAAUUUUGUUGGUUAACGUUUCUUUUGAGUGUCAUAUACAUUUUGUAAAUUCUCCGUUACAUCUCUUACACGUUGCGCAAUGAAAAUAAUCGUAUCCUUCGGAGCGACCUGCUGGCCGAAGUAACAUCGCCAUUCGCACAAAAAAACGUGGUAGUGGGCAUUUAUUGGCAUUUGAAUGCGUUAAAACUUAUACAUAAUGUAUUUCAAAGAGAACAGGAUGAUGAAUGUUGAGUUAACCUUGUGAAUAAGUCGUUUAGUGAUAAACACGCAACAAAUUUACGGACAGGGCGAAAUAAAGACAAACUCUAUUUUUAUGUUUACUUCAUUAACACUCGAAGCCUUUUAUUUUAAUGUUACAUUUGUGAAGUUUUAUUGGAGCAAGAGGGUGGCCUAAUUCAUUAUACUGUCACUCUGGCAGGGGCACCCAACGACAAUUUUCGGAAAAAUAUCUGUUCGGAAGACGAUUUGAGAUCUAGGAUUUUCGGAACAUUUGUUGUAAAAUUUCUUGCUUGCCUGCCUCUCCUAGGAUUUUCGAACAUGUAAAAAAUGGUAAAAUUGCCCAUUUUCAACGGAUUUUUACCCUUAAAAGGUCACCUAGAAUUUUCGAGAACCUUUUUUCUGGCUGAAAUUUUCGAAGAGGUAAGUUUUGAUCCCUAUAAUUUUCGGAUCACUAGACUUUCAGCUAGGAAAUCCGAACAGAUGAAAAAUUUAUAGGGGAUAAAAAUAUGCCCAUAUCCACCGUUUAAAUACUAAAACACGGUUAACAAUGCUACGUUUAAGUGGUUUUGAACUAUAUUCUCGUUGGGUGCCCCUGCUCUGGGUCUUUCUUUUUUUCGCUCUUGUUGGCACCAGAUGCUAUGCGGGUUAUUUUCGGCGCAGCGGGGCGUGCAAUCUUGAGCACUUUACAACACGCACAGCAGUAGCCAAUUUGCGGUCGCGACUGACAACAGGAAAUGUCAUCAAUUUCACAAACAAAAGUCCCUCUAGUUAAUAUCUUUUUUGGGAACAUGAUAAGAUUGAAUAAAUUUCCAUCAUGAUUGUCUCAAAAUUGAAUUUUCUUUGAAAGCCCAAAUGACCGGACAACAUGUCCGGUCAUCCACGGAUUUGCUCGGACAAUGCUCGAUUCUGACCGGACAUUGUCCGUUGACCGGCCGUUAUUUCAAGCCCUGCAAUGGCAGAGUGGCAAACUGAUUGCCGCUAGUCGUGUUUAGUCCUUUUCGAUCGCUUGCGCGUUCUAAUUUGACUUUGAGUUGUCUUUGCUAAAAAUGACUGUUCUCCUGGACGGCAAAGUGCAUAGUUAGCCCUUUACUGUUUACAGCUCCGUCCCGCCUUUUUACGUGGUUUUAUUUAAUGGAAGCGCGAAAUGAUGCGAUUGUCUCAAAGCUCUCAAUCACCUGACCUGAUUUGCGGUCGAGGAUCAUUUGCGGUCUAUUUGGGGAUCAUUUGCGGCCGGGAAUUAGACCAAAUCGGUCUGUAAUCAUACGAGUGAUGAACAGAAUCGGACAAGUGGGUAGCGGGAGUCUGAUUUGUUUAAUCACGAGUAUGAUUACGAAGUCCUGUUAACAAUAAGUCAUAAGUCAUCAUUGCAAUAAAUCAUAAGUACCAUUACCAUUUCCAGAAAAUAAAGUUGCUUUCUUUCUUUGUGAAAGAGCAUUCAAUACCAACUAUCAAAAAUUAGGGAAAAUAACACUGGCAGAGGCACUGCUCAAUUAUACAAAUUCGUCCAUUUUGGAAAAUCCCAGUUUGGUCGGGUAAGUGGUUAUUGUGAAAAAGUUUGAUUGGUGGAUUUAGCUGAGUGCACUAAAUAUGAUUGGCUGAUAACUGUCCGAUUACAGCCAACUGUCCGAUUACAAGGCCAAUUACAACUCUACGCAAUAAUUGGAGGCAAAUUUUUGGAAAGUCUAGUAGUUAUGAUUAUUUCAGUGUUAACGUUUUUUUUUUUCUCCUAGUGUUACGAGAGCGGAUUCAAAUGCGUAGAACGAGACGAUAGAGAUUGGGACGAGGAAAAACCAACUGAUAGUGGCCUGGACUUGACCGGCGCUGUUGACAUCUGGACAAAAAUUAAAAACUAUGCCAAAAAAAUCGGCAAAAUAUUCAAGUUUUUCACUUCUCCUGGUGGUAUCGCAAGCAUUGUGGGAAUACUGGUGGGUCUAGGUGCUCUCAAGGCCUUUAUGGGCCUCAGGCGAAAGGGGGCCGCCGUGGCACGGUUUGGAAUGGGCGGGGUCAAGAAGGGAAAGCAUGAGAAGAGAGAUAAUACUGGUCAGAUUAUCAUGGUGGAGUAUAAUGAACAAGGAGAAGAAAUUGAUCCUGAGACGUGAGUAUAAAGUUAACUGUAUUUUUCUUGAUCAUGUCUCCAUUCUGGAACGGUCUAAUUUGUUACUGAAUAUGCUGAAAGUAGGAUUGAGUGGACACUCCUGGAAUCCUUGCAGGGGUCGAGGAACCAUCUUGAUACUGGUUCUUUUUGUACAGAAAACGUGGAAAGAAAAGUUAGACUUACGUCCGCUCAGUAUAGGUUCCCCUUAAGAGGGGUUUAAUAAUUUUUUUUAUAUCACCAUGCCAGUCACACUAUUAUAGAAAGUCAGCUUUAUCUUUUUUAUGGAGUUUUUCGCCUUUAUCUUUGUAGCAAAGAAGUUACUAAGCCACGGAACAAGGCCAAGGAGUUUCUCUUCAACUUGGUUUUCUUCCUUUUUCUUCCUUUGUUGCUGUCAUUUAAACUCUGCAAGGCGAUUGUCAAAUGCUGCUGUAGAAAAAAGCCAGCAUCGAAAGAGGAAACAGAAGCCAAGGAGGGAGACAAGGAGGAAGACGAAAUACAAGGCCCAGAGGUAGAGAUUUUUAAGGAGAGGGAUAUCCUGAAAGAUGGGAGUCCACCCCGCCCAAGCAGCCAAGUCAGCAGUGAACAAAACGUGACAGGAGUCAAGAGAAGUCAUAGUAGUGACAGUAGCAGGGGUAGUUUAGUCAUAAAGAAAAGCAAACAUGGAAGUGAAGAUGAAGGUCUAAUGACUGAAAAUAGACGAGCUUCAUCGAGUAGGCGAAUUAGCUGGGCGAGGAUGGAGGACAAAACACCAUCGCAAGACGACGAAGAGGCGUCAAUGCAGAAGAAUGAGCCAUCGGUAAUUAUCAAAAAUUAAUCUUCACUCGCUCAUACUUUAAUCUCAUCGCGCCUAUCAGCCUUCUUCACUUGCGUUGAUUCUAGGGGUUUGGCCUUUUUUAGUUGGAACGGAAACCCUGUCGGGGGCGAAAGAACCGUAGCUAUAUAAAGAAACGAAAGGGAAGUAGUAUAUAGCGUCGGAAUAAACUUUUUUGGCGGAAUAAAUUAACUUUGGCCACUUCAAAAAUUUUUGUCUUAGUCUGUGUCAUGAAGAGAAGAGAAUCAAUACGCGGGCAGGAGUAUUACAAUAACGUGGAAACUUGCAUGAUGUAUUAUUUAUUAAUUGUAUGACUGAAUCCGCGAUGGCUAAGAUGAAACGAAUUCUGUGUUCUGAUUGCAGCGUGCAAAGGAAGUAGUGUCCAAUAGCCCAGGGCUAGUGGAUUUUGCUAUCGGGGUAGUGAAUUCUGUUCUUAACUUGCCCGACGGGCAAGUGAUGUUUUUUGAGAAAUUCGAAUAACAGAAGAACUGUGAAAUAAAUUCUGCUCAUCAAAAAGCUUUUGGGGUUAGUUGAAAUGACGUCUGGGCUAGUAAAUGCUAGCUUCAGCUUGGCCGGAUGGCAAGCUGUAAAACUGAUUGUCUUUGCACCCUGUCUGAUUGGCUACCUGAGCGGGCAAGAAAGGCCUAUGUUUCCCGCUCGGGAUUUCCCGCGUUGGUCCCGCAAGAAAAAAGUUCUCUUUUUGGCCAUACAGUAUAUUAUUUAUUGACCAGGCUUGUUUGGUCAAGAUAGCUGGAUAUUGGCCUGUUUUUUUUUCGUUUUUAUUAACUUCGACUUCGUGUCCCUCAACAAAAGUGCAAAAGUGAAUUUGGCCGAUAUCCAGUCAUGUUGACCUCACGUUUGGUCAAUAAAUAACGCCUCAGUGAUAUAUGAGUGGCAUUCCAGUUAGCGCGCAACGAGUUUGUCCCCUUAAUCCUAUACAAUAUCCAAAAAGGGGUAAAUUGGUCCCUGCUAUACUACUAAGGGAGGUAGGAAGCUAUAAGGCAAGGGCGCGACCUGAAGCAAACUACGACAAGCCUUCGACAACCAUUCCCAAACUAACCAAAAUCAACAUAUAACAUAUCACAUUCGCUUCAAGCUGAAUUUGUCAUUUCUAUUGCAGCCACCAGAAGACAUUAAACCGCUGACUGACACAGUUGUUUAUCAUCAGUUUUACGACACAGAUGCUGUAGCUAGUGAACUCGAGGUAAAAGACAAAAUAUAUGGGAAUUAACUUGCAUAAUUAAUUCUUAGGAAACUAGGAAACGUUUUUUCUAAAAUGUGGCUUAGCUAUAUAGGAAAGUUGCAUUCGGUGUCUUAUCUAAGGUAUUUGAGGGGUAGAAGCUUCAAAAAAAAAAAAAUACUCAGGUUUUGUUCAAAUGUUUAAUUUCCAGGUUUGGUUGGGGAAACUGUGAAUGCACAGCACAGUAAAUCAAUUAUAUCACUAACUAAUAACUUUGUUCUGUUCUAACUGUUGGGUUUUUGUUUGCUCUCUAUUAGAGCCCUGGGGAGCAGUUUAGCUUAGCUGGUAAGAUAUCCUGUAUACCGCGUCCUACAGGCAUUCAAUAUCGAUUUGAUCUGCUGAUGGCCUUACAGGUAAGAAAGCGCCUUAUUCAAAUGUUACUGAAUCAAAAAACUAAACAGGUUUAAGUUUGAAAACUGACAAAAACUAAAUAUGACCAGGAUUCUGGUGGAUGUUGUGAAGUGACGAUAUCGUGAAAAUGACUCUUUUUUUUUUUUUCAGAUUUGUGGUAACGUGGAAGGACAGCAGGUGUUACUGAACACACCGAGAACCCUUGAACCUUAUCUGUUCUCCAAACUGAUGACAGUGCGAGAAAUACGAGAACGAAUUACUUUACAACCACAAGCGCCUUGCCUAAACCUCAAAUAA